GCAUAUUUACGUGUCCAGCUGGGAACCAUUGCCUCGAAUGACGGGCGUCACGACGAAGCCGCUGACCACUUCGCCGCUAUGAACACCAGCGCUUUCUCACAUAACUUGGCUGUUCAUUCUGCAUAUGAGGACUUGGUGGUACUUUUCGGGUGGGACCUCAAGUUAUUGUGGUGGACUCUCCUUGGGGCCGGAAGAUUUGAACAAGCCGCCGAAUUCUACCGAAACAUGAUGGAUAUGAGUGAUGGCAGUAUGGAGGCCGACUAUGCUUUCACGCAAGAAUGCAGCAAGCUUUGUGUUGAAAACGGGGAUGCUGCCUUUGACGCGAAUAAUUAUGGCCACGCUAUCGGCCUAUACUCGGCGGCGAUCAAGCUGGAUUCUGCGAACGAUGGCAUGUUUGCAAAGCGUAGUAAAGCGAAGUUGGGAAACAUGCUAUGGGAAGAAGCUCUUAUCGAUGCGCAGAAGGUCAUAGAACUCAACCCUUCGUCUUAUUUUGGACACCAGUUGAAGCAUGCGGCGCUUCAUGGCGCAAAGCGCUAUGAUGAAGCGAUCGACGCCUUCCGGAUCAUGUUGUCCAAAAUUGAGAAUGCUACUGAUACUCAAAUACGAAGUAAGUCCUAAAUAACGCAUGCAUCAACGUGUUUGACCUGCUCUAGAACUGCGCCAGCAGUAUUUCAGUCCAUCCGAAACAGAAGGCAC